AUGGGCGCGCGAGAAGUGGACGUUGGAAAUUCUUCGCUGUCUGGUCGUCGGCUUCUCUUCUGCGAGAAGAGAAGCCCUGCGAAGCACGAGCAUUGCCGAAGACUUGAAAACCUAGUCGUGGCCAAAGCUGAAAAGAAUCGUUCCAAUUUCGAUGAUCGGAGGUUGGUGCACUGUGAGAUCCAGAGCUUGUCUGUCAUUCUGCUCUAUACCUGA